UGAUUUGUGUGUUGUCAAAGAUGUGUUUUUGGACAAAUAUCGAAGAAAUACUUCCAAAUUAGAAAAUAUCAUGUUUUAAAGUGUUUAUGAAGAUUGACGCUGCUUCAGCAUGAUUUAUAUUUAGAGUUUAAAAAGAACCGUUGUGACGGCCGAUUUUGUUAUUUUGGGAAUAAUAUUUAUCCUGGAGUUUUAAUUUAGGAAUAUCGGCACGUAUAAUCAAUGGAAUACCUCAUUCAUUUCAAGUUAUUUUUAUAUAAGUAUUAGGGAGUAACUGUUUUGUAAGGUUUUUAAAUAAGACGACACGCCACUAUGACUAAGAAUAUAUUUCCAGGUUCUAUUUUUGAUUACCAUCUCUAAAAAAGUACGAAUCUCAACGUCGGCGAAUCGAAUAACUUGGUUGAGGUCGUCGCUAUUGUUACCGGUAGUAAUUUUCAAUGCGAAUAUUUUAGAACUUGAGACAUCAUCCUAAUAAAUACUUAGAAGUCAGUAAAAUUUUGCAGAUGGUUGAUGUGUUUAUUCUGUCAACUUCAACAAAUCACUGUUUUUUUCUGCUGAACGCUUGUGUUUUCACUGAUAUUUUAUCAAAGUUACAGAUAAUACAUAAUUUUUACGUUUAUGUCAAAACUAUACAAAAAAUUGCGUAUAUAUCUGAUGUUGACAUGUGAUUCUUUAAUUUGAUUAUCCGUACUCAUGACGUCGAUGAUUUUACGAAGGGUGCACGCUCAAUUGUGAAAUAUUUUCGAUAUUCUCAGCCUCAUUAAAAUUAGUUAAAAUAGACACGGAUAUCCAAAUCAACUCCCAUAUAUUGCAAUUUUUGUUGAAGUUUGUUACAAAACAAUAUAGUAAGCAUUUUUACUAUAUUCCAAAUAAAUGCAAAUGAGGAUUAAAUAAGAUGCAAUUAAAAUCUCGAUAAGUAUAAAACACGACGACUUGUAACUAUUUUCACACGAAAAGAAAUUCGCCAGAAGAAAAUCUUAGCUACUAUUUACAAACGAAGAUUCUUGCCAUGAUGUUCCCUCUUUGUCACAUUCCGCGAUAUCAAGCAAGACGGCUAACAACGUAUGAAGUCAAAAAGUCUUCCACAAAUUCAGUCAAUCAUCGUAGAUUGGAACUCAAAGGUAGAAAGUACGACGUGUUUGAAAGUAAUCCGACUUUCUCUAUGGGAAUCUGCAGGUUCAAUCUUACGUCACCAACACAGAACAGAAUUCAAAUCAGAGAUGAAAGUGAAUGGAUAAGAAUUCGCCGAAGAUUAGCAAAUAAAUUCGGCAUUGGAUUGACAGAAAAUUCAAAUCACCGCAAACAGACUUCAAACCGAAAUGUUGAUUUCAAGUCACAAAAUCACCACAAGGAAAACUGUCAAUCUAAACAAGACGAACUAUGUGCAAUAUGUUUGGAAAGAUUACCGAAUCAUGCCAACGACAAACGAAUCUUAGACAACAAUUCAGCUUAUUUUGAUCAAAACGACGUGAAAGUGCUUAAAUGCUCUCAUUCGUUUCAUAGGGAAUGUAUAUAUCGCUGGCGAGUUUUAAAUUAUUCAUGUCCCGUUUGUCGACAUGUUUCCACGUGAUAUUUUAUAAAAUUUCCAAUUUUUGAACCAAGGUCGCAACAAGAACGAUUAUGAGUAUCAAGCAACCUCUAUCUAUAAAAGCAGCAGUUUUACUUAUCAUUUUUACUUUCACCAUCUCGCAGAGCUGUUCGCUAUAUUUAAUAGUGUGAUUUGAAGAUAAAAAAGAGACUUUAAUUCCCCUAUUUCUUCGCGAGAUUAAUCUACCACUCACUGAAAACUAUUCAGAGUUUACUAUAGAGUUCUGUGAUUUCGAAAUCUCACGACCAUAUAUAUAUAUUUGUUAGGAAAACUAGAGAUGAACAAGUCAUUUGCAGAACUCUCUAGUAUUUGUAUAGAUUACAAUUGCCAAUUAAAUUGUUGCUAAUGAUUUAUUGUAAACUUUUUGUGAGCUGUAACAAUUGUUGGGCGAACUACAAUUGUAUGGUUCAAAAUUUAUCUGCUUGGAAAUUUCGUUCGUUUUUUAUUUAUAUUGUAUUUAAAUAAAAUAUAUGUUAUCAAAA